AUGGCUGAUAACGAAGUCCCCUUCCUUGAGGUUUGGUGGGACAUCAUUCUCCAAAUCCAAAACAACCUGGUCGCUCCCCAGGGCCACGUGAAACCACUCCGCGAAAUCAAAGCGAUAGAACCAUGGCAUGAGAACCACGACCUCUUUGCCUUCAGAGCAUACGAUUGGCUCGAGCUUCAUCACCUGUGUAAGACCUCAGAGGCCGCAAUAAGGGGUAUCGCCCUCACGUACCCAAACAAACAGUCGGUCGUUGAAGGACUUGCCGAGCACGAAUUAAAAGUGGUACAGAAGAGAACGAGGGACAUGGAGUUGGUGGCCGAUAUAACUUUUAAAGGGAUCAUGAAGUCCAAGGCAGAGUUUUGGGUGAAGGAGACCAUCUUGAUGGCGAAGAGCGAGCCACCCGCCAGACCGGAGGCAGGGAUUGAGGAGCCUUUGCAAGACAGCGAAGCACACGUACGGGACGACAAUAAACAGGAUGAGGGUGCGUCGGAGGACAAGCAUGCAUCGGAACAGGAAGACAGGGGAGAGGAGGCACAAGUCCCCGAAGCCUUCUACCUUCAAGCCAAGAACCUUCCAGUUGCAGAACACCCGGCUGUCAACGCGGCUCGCAACCUCUCCGCGCUGAAUACGACAGCCGCGUCUGAUCAACCCAGUCCAACGAGCCAGAACAUUCCGGAAUUCAAAAACGCUGCAGCCGGCGGCUCGGAGAAUAGCGCUCUUGAGGAAGCUCCGUCUCAGCUCACCUCAUCAAUGCACAUUUCCCGGAACCCGAACAUCAGCGGCAGGGAGCAAGUCAACCACGAUCCUGCGCCUCCUGUUCUACCAGAAGAAUUGUUGGUCUACAACUAUCCACCUCCGCCCGGAUUCCCUGGUGUAGGUGGUCCGGUGGACCAGCGACACAACGGCCCGGCACAUGGCGCUUACAUCCAGACGCCCAGCACUAUUAACGACAACGAUUUGCCGACCCCUGAAGGAUCCUUCACCGGACACGACAGAUUCAUGCAGACUGAGAGGGAAGCCCACCCGGUCGGCGACUCGCGCAAGAAGCGAAGAAUCCAUUGA